AUGACGACUGCGCCAAACCAAGUCCAAGUAACGAUAACACGCAAAUCGGAUGAUAAAUCCGUUAUUUUACUUGUUAAUGAGAAGAUAACAGUAAAAGAAUUAAAAACGGAGAUUCGAGAAAAGUUACCACCGCAAUUUGAGGAAGGUUGUCGACUUAUUUAUCAAGGUAAAGUACUUACAAGUAAACGAACACUUAAACGUUAUGGUUUAACAAAAAAUCAAGCACCACCACACGUCCUUGGUAAUUCAAAUAUACUUAUGGAUGACACUAAAAAUUGGAAAUCGGACUCAUCAUCUUCAUCUUCAGAACAAUCAGAGUGA